AUGCCCACAGCAGCGGAGGUUCGACGUGAGGCCGAGGGAAACACUUGCGAGAUCUUCGCUGCGCACGACACUUUGAGCAAAAUUAUUCAGCGCCAUGAGGCCACGAUCCAAAAGAGAUGGUCCAAGAAGACAAGGCAGCAGAGACUACAGAUUCUUCUCAACGCUUGGCCAGGAAUGUCAGCCUCCCACCGUCCAGACUUUGAAGCCGUGCGAAAAGAGUCCAAGGAGCAAAGAGAGAGAGGUACCAGAUACAAGGACCACUUCAUGUGGCCCUAUAUCAACCAGGAGGAUCUCACCCAACCGAAAGUGAUGCCGCUACUCCUCAAUUCGAGAGGACGUCAUCCUCCUCCCGCGUUCGCUGCGGCAGACAACGCCUCUGUGCAUCUCGGUAUUGCUUCCAGAGCAUUGGUUCCCAUCUUUCUCAACAAUCAUGUCAUGGUUCUCAACGGGACUACUACAACAGAAGGAUAUGGAAAACUAUUCCUCCCGGGAGAAGGACUUGUUAUUCUCGAGGUGCAAGCUCGCCUGAUGAAAUUUCUUGUCGACUGUUGUCAUGAGAUCCUCCACGAGAUCCCGGAAGCCGAGUUGAUCAGCGAUGCAUAUCCUGUUCAGCCAGAGCCUCCCCUCAAGACAGACAAUGAUACAUCUGGGUUCGCAAACCUGUCGGCGAUGGCCGCAGAAGCUCCGUAUAGACUCCCAGUACGUCUUGAUCUGGCAAGAGUCGAGUCUCUCCUCGAGGCCAAGAAGUCGGCAGCAGAGGAUCACGUCUGGGCACUUCGUGAGGAUCCCGCGUACUUUGCUCAGGAGUUCCUAGAGGUCAAGGACCACCGACAAGAGAUGCUCAAAGACAGCCAAGGACGCUCGCACCCCGUGACUAACAAACUGCGGGAACAUCUUCUCUGGGCUAGGGUCACUGGGACCAUGCUCACCGAUGCCUACAUCAGCCUUGAGGCCUUUACUGAGCUUCACCGACAAGCUCAGCAUCUUCGCAACCUACAGGACAAGUACUUUCUCGAGACGACGGCAAAGAGCCCGUUGGAGAGGCUCAAGAUGGUGGUCGCCUCUUCGCCGCCAAUGCACAAGUUCUUUGUUCGCGACCCCCCAACUGAUCUCAACUCGACAAACAUAGUGCUUCGUAAGAGGGCUGAAGUCAAGAAGAGCAAGGCCGAGGAGCAUCUGAUCUGGCUCCUGCAGAACUUGUGGGAAGACGAGUAUAACCUCUUCCUGAUCGGUCUACCUCACAUCAUGGAUGAGCUCGAGCGCCUACUACAGGCGAGCCCUGAGGCGGAUGUGCUGGUAUCGGCCCAUGUGAUCAAGAUCCUCGGUGAUCUGUCCAUUGAUGCCCCCAUAUAG